UGCCUCUCGAACCAUCAAUGCUUGUUCAGGUGAUCCGUUGCAACACCCCUGGCCAAGGACAUCCACAAAACGUGCGGAAGGCAUGAAAGCGCAUUCAGGCACUCCGGUCAGUCGCCAAGUCCCUUUUGGAUGGUACCCAGCUUCAGAGCUCGCAUCGCUGACGGAGAGUGCCCUUGACAGGUGGGAAUCUGUUGGGACGUACCAGUACAGGGGAUUACUACCUCAUAGCUGAUUAUUUCGAUCCACGAAUCGGAAGAUAUGUAGACCAAUUCUCUGAUCCAGAGGGCGAUACCAGGACCACUACUUAAGCUGAAGGAUUCAAUGUAUUUCGCUCAUCCUCCUCCUCCUAUUGACUCGAGUUUCGAGUCAUGUUCCAACUCUAUGUACUCAUAUGCCUUCUGGCAUGCCUCCAGGGUCGUGCCGUGACUAUUGGCCCAGUUUCUGACCUUGUCAUUGCCAAUGGCAUUGUAUCCCCAGACGGGUUCACCAGAUCGGGGGUUCUUGCCGGUGGCACUCAUCCCGGGCCCACUAUUGUAGCUCAGAAGGGGGAUACGUUCAAGAUCAACGUCACGAACCAAUUGACUAACGAUUCGAUGUUAACGAGUACCAGUAUCCACUGGCAUGGACUAUUCCAACACCAUAGCAACCAAAUGGACGGCGUGUCAUUUGUCACGCAAUGUCCGAUCGCUCCAGGACACUCUUUUUUGUAUGACUUCAAUGCUAGCGAACAAGUGGGAACGUACUGGUACCAUUCUCAUUAUGGAGUCCAAUACUGUGACGGUCUACGAGGACCGCUAAUCAUCUACAAUCCCAACGACCCAUAUAGUUCAUUGUACGAUAUCGAUGACGAAUCUAGCAUCAUCACAUUGAUGGACUGGUAUAACUUGCCAUCACCUCUAGUACAGAGACAAGUAACUGCCGACUCGGUGCUUAUCAACGGUGUCGGGCGUUAUGAUGGAGGGCCAAAUGUGCCUUUCGCCGUCAUCGACGUUCAGCCAGGAAAGCGAUAUCGUUUCCGACUGCUGAACAUGGCGUGCAAGCCCAACUACAUUUUCUCGAUCGACAGCCAUAAUCUUACCAUCAUCGAAGUCGAUGGCCAAUACGUCGAGCCGCUCGUAGUGGACUCUAUCCAGAUCUACGCUGCGCAACGAUACUCCUUCAUUCUCGAGACAAACCAGCCUGUCGACAAUUAUUGGGUGCAUGCCGAUCCCGAUGCGGGUACAAAUGCCACAGCUAUCUUUCGAUAUGCAGGCGCUCCCGACGCAGACCCCCAGAACAUGACAAACUCGGACUGGGAUGCUCUGAAUGAGACUAGCCUACACCCCCUAACUCCGCCUUCGUCUCGUUUACUGCAGGAACCGGACGUCAAACUUGACCUUGUUCUUGGGAAAAAUCUGUCCAAUUUCAACUUCCUCAUCAAUAACGUCCAGUAUACUUCUCCUAGUAUCCCUGUCCUACUACAAUUACUGAGCGGUGCUAUGACGGCGGCGGAUCUUGCGCCCAACGGCUCCGUAUACACUCUGCCACGGAAUAAGGUUAUCGAACUUACGUUCAAUCCCGAUAAUUCCCCUGGGGGUCCUCAUCCGUUCCAUCUUCAUGGGCACAGUUUCGCUGUUAUCAGAAGUGCUGGAAGUACCGCUUAUAACUACGUCGACCCCGUCAUGCGCGAUACAGUGACCACUGGCAACACUGGUGAUCGUGUGACUAUCCGGUUCAUCACCGACAACCCUGGGCCUUGGCUGUUGCAUUGCCAUAUCGAUUGGCAUCUAUCCGCGGGACUAGCUAUAGUAUUCGCAGAGGCUCCUGAAGAUGUGGCGGCUUCGCAGCCUUUCAAUAAUGCUUCGAGGCAGCUCUGUCCCAUAUACAAUAGCAUUCCUCAACAGAAUUUCCCUCUCCCUCCCGUUGAUUGA